AUGAUUCAAUCCAACCAUACUGCCUACUAUCGGGACGAGCGGUAUCACCACCAGAGCGAAGACCGGUCCCCCGUGGAUCAACACCAGGGCCAUGCUCUGAGCGCAAAGCAGAACCCCGCCUAUCGAGAUCCCCACUCUCACUCCGGCCCUCGCAGGCGCCAACACAGCUAUGCAGAGCAGCAGCAGCAGCAGCAGCAACAGCAACAGCAGCAGCAGCAGCAUCAUCAGCAUCAUGUACAGCAUCAGCAACAUCAACACCAGUCUCACCAACAGCAACUACAGCAACAGCAACAACAACAUCGCCAGCAGCAACCAUACCCCCCACAACCACACCAUUCUAUCCAAACAGCGGCAGCAGCAGUACGCCAACAUUCGGCUCUAGCCAAGAGCAUCGAGGACCAUCCUCACACUACCCCAACACAUCAUUAUGCCAUACCAGCCAUUCAACCCUCCGACCCAUCCUUUACGCAAAGGCCACACUCUCGGUCCUUUUCUGGCACGAAUCAACACUCACAAUAUUCACAUGCUCCCUCCCCACCGACACCAAUGCACCCUCAAGGAGGCCACCGUCUCCACCACAGUAUCUCUGCAGGCCAUCUCGUGCCAGCGGGUUAUCGGUCAGCACCUCUCGGUAAUAGCAUGCCCGAUCCCAUGGGUUCCAAACCCCGACCGCCAGCAGGUCCUGUAGCGCCUCCCAACAAUGUCAAGAAGAAGGACCCCUAUGCGACAGCGUGGCGGACGUAUUCCAAAAUUGCAGAGGAGCUGGAUCUGUUAAACCCGGAUGGUAGUUUAUACCCGAUCUCCAAGGAGGCGAUUUUGAAAUAUCUUCGCCAUCAAUCCAAACGUAUCAAGUCCAGCAACCUCCACUGGUAUGUCAACGGACUCAAGAAGCAUCAGGAAAAUCUUGGAUUCCCUUGGGACGAUAUCAGAUACGAUGACCAGGUCGUUGCUCUGCUCAAGGAGCUGACCCUUCAUCCGGUCACGAUCGUUCACGGUGGCAGCAACAAUAUCAAUAAUAAUGGAGCAAUCAACGGCAACAGCCGGACUGACAGAGCGGCAACAGCCUAUGGCCAAGUACAAGAUCGGCAGCGUGAGCGUCAAGUAAUCGGUGACAACACGAUCCUCCCUCCGCCUCAAAUCAGUCACUACCAUGCCCCGCCACCAACACCCAUCGACACGACAGCGAAGAUCACUGGCCUCUCAAUCUCACAGCCAAAGAUCCAGCCGCCUUCGCAGCCUUUCCCAGGAUCCUAUGGAUCAUCCGAGACUCUCAGGUCAUCAAGUGGAUACAACUACGAGGAGAGGCCGCCAGUGCAGAUGAAGCAGAACCAUUCGAACGGUGUCCAACGGACGCAAAUCUACUCUUCACCAACCACCAAGGCUGCCUCAUAUCAUUCGGCACCGAUCCAGCUGCCAUCAGGACACGGGAAAGGAGAAUCUCAUCAGUCGUUGCGUAACCAAGGACAGCAGUUUUCGCCCGUCAUCGCCAAAAGCCAGCAGAGUUCACCCAUGUCCAGUUCCGAGAUUCAAAUCGGCACACCAUUAUCGACAAGCACCCCCAGGCAUCAGGACUCAAAAGUAGAAAGGACAGGACAUCUGACAUCUCCAACUAGCCCUGGGGACGAGAUGGACGAGGAUUUUGAGGCGCCUGCAAGGAAUCAGAGCCAUGAGGACCAGGAUAACUACCAACCGGAGUAUAUGGAUGAAGAACCCUCCGAGCGCGCCGCCUUGAAGCGCUUUGCAUCCACAGGCACUCUGAGAAACCAAUCCAGAGCGUCUGCUGUCUCAGUACAUCCAUAUCCACGACCCAGCGACCAUAGACAGAGAGAUGACCAGUCCGCAACACUGUCGCCCAGGGCGCGUGAAAAUGACCCCAAUGGCGGCAGUCUUUUCUUCCCCGUCGGGAGUCCGGACACCGCAUCAUCAUCCUCAGCAUUUCAAAACCGGGUCUCUCCUCUUGGAUCCGCUGCUUCCAUAGGUUCCAACUCUCCCGCCAGUCGCAACGCAACCGGAGGUCCCAUUCCUUCCACUCCACGCCACAAGCGAACCAAUGGCGUGGUCUCGUCCCCCAUCUCGACUGUCGCUGCAGUCAUUGCUUCGGCUGCCACUGCUGCGGCUGCUGCAGCCGCUAUGCCUUCCUCACCAAUUGUCCCCGGCAAGCAGACGGUACAUUUCUCGGAGGUUGCCGAGGUUGCGCAGACAUUACAGACCAAGUAUGGCAACCAGUGCACGAGACAUCCUUGGGGGUGUGUUGAGAUAUCGGAGGACUUUCAUCUGGAGCUCACUAUCAAGAUGUACAUGGAUUGGGCCGGUCUUGUUGCGAGCCAACGGUUGUCGAUGGAUGAGCUGCCUGACCUCCCAGAGUUUAGAGUGACGGAUCGGAUAGGGCUAUCGUCCUCUCCCCCAAUGACAUUUGUCGGCGGUGGAACUCUGAAGCGCAUGGCCUCAACUCCAUCAACCAUUACCAUGAGCUCGUUCUCACAACACCGCACCACCACCAAUGCGAGCAUGAAGAGCGAGGAACUCUCCCCUUCCCUUGACAACCAUAACAGCCACAACAUCUCGCGAUCAAGUCGAUUCGGUAGCAGCAAUGGCGCCAUCCGGAAACAUCGAUCGCCUUCACGAUCGCCCAUCUACGGAUCCAGUCCCAAGGAAGGCUACCUCAUUGAGAGUCUCAUGAGUCGAAUCGGUAGCCCUCCUCCUACAACUUUCUUGCCCUCCCCUCCUGCUAUGCCUUUCCCUGUUAGAGAAGGGUCAGUAGUAGAGGGCAGCGACUUGAGUCCUAGUCUGAGGUAUCCUCCCCUCUCGUCCGGAGGAGGGGGAUUAGCCAAUUCUUCUACCACUAGAGUUCGGGCCCGCAGGAUGGCCAGCAGUCCAAGCUUAGGUCAGCGCCGCCCUUCUUCCUCCUCGUCCUCUUCACACUCUCAACAGGCCACCUCACCGCCUAGCAGCAGUCAUCUGAAACGCGGAAACAGCUACGGAAUGGUUAGUCCGCCCUCCCUCCCGUCGCGACCACAGUUCAUGCCGCCCAUUCCACCCGUCCCGCCUCUGCCCUCGUCAUUGAAGGUGCUGAGGUCAGCCUCUGGGAAGCAGUAUGUGCUAAAGAAUGGAGCUGGAGGAGCGCGUCGCCUGAAAGUAGUAGGAGGAGGGGAUGGUGGAGCAGAUGCAGAAGUUGCUGCAGCAGGACCAGAGUCUAUUCUAUCGAAUUCGACAGCCUCGUCAGAGGACAUGGAGCUCUCGGCCAACGAGGAUGAAGACGGCGAGACGAUGAUGAUGGUCAUGGACGAUGGGGAGGAUAAGGAAAAUGGCGCUGGGCAUAUUCAUCGAGUGAGGGAUUCGAGACCUCCAAGAGCUGCAAUGUCACCAGCAUUGGAUGAUUUCUCGUCCAGGAACUCUAUGCGCCAUUACGAGGACAAGGAGGAGGAUUUGAUAAUGGCCAGCAGCAGCAGAGAUGAAACAAGACAAGGAGACGUGGAAAAUGAGGAUGAGGAGGAAUAUGAUGAAAGAAGGGGUGAUAGUGAGGACUGUAGGGUUAACGGGAGGAUGAGAAGGAGAGAAGGACCUGUGGCUGCAGAUCAAUUGCUGGACAACAACAACAAUAGCGGGAGCAGCAGCACUAGCCGUUCAGACUACUUUCAGUCACGGCCCUCCCCUACCCCUGACAACAACAACAAAGACAACAACAACAACAAUGCUUGGCCAAGCAGAGUUCGGGUAGAGUUUGAUGAGGAUAUGGAGGCAGACAGCGACGUUGAGGAACAAGAACAGGCCGAGUGUAGGGAAAUGCACGGAUCGACGAUUCACCUCCCAAAUCAACACCAUCAACAACAGCAACAAUUUUCGCGUCGACACGAUAAUGAAACCCCUUAUGACCGUGGACAGGAGAAAGAGCAGGAUGAGCAAGGCCAGGCUGAGCCCGAGCGGAGGUCAUUGCAUUUCCAUGGCAUGUACCAGCAACAGCAAAAGCAGCAACCGGAACAGCAUAGUCGGCACCACAGUCGCGAUGAGGACAAGGUGGAAGAAAUCCGAAUGGAGUUCAAGAGCCUCCACUCAUCCUCCUAG